UCAUAAGUUCCAAACCAUUCAAUUAUUCAAUAUCCUAAACACAACACAAUAUUUCUAGACACUGAAAAUUUCAUCAAACACAUACCAAAAACAAAAACAACUCAAUUUUCACUUUUUGUGAUGGCAAUGAAGAGACAAAGGAGCAAUGAAGAAAGCAUAGAUUUAGUAAAUUGUCUAAUGCUACUUUCUUGUCCACAACAAAAAACCAUUGAAAAUGGUGAAUAUGAAUGUAAAACAUGCAACAAAAAAUUCUCAUCAUUUCAAGCUCUUGGUGGCCAUAGAGCUAGUCACAAGAGAGUUAAAUUAUCUGAAGGUGAAGAACUCAAAGAACAAGCAAAAUCUCUUAGUUUAUGGAACAAACCCAAAAUGCAUGAAUGUUCUAUUUGUGGUAUGGGAUUUUCUUUGGGUCAAGCAUUAGGAGGACACAUGAGAAAACAUAGAACUCUUAUCAAUGAAGGGGUUUCUUCUAUGAAUGAAAUUAUUGCAAAAAUUCCAAUUUUGAAGAGAUCAAAUAGUAAGAGAGUUAUGGGAUUGGACUUGAAUUUGACACCUCUGGAGAAUGAUGAUUUGAUGAUGUUUGGAAUGAAGUCACCCAUACCCCUAACACCAAUUCCUCUUUCUUUGUUCUGAUCAAGUUCAACUUUACAUUAGUUUUAACAUUUUUUUGACAUGUAUUCUUUGAAUUAUUUUGUGUAAAAAUUCGUUGAUUCUUUUCCUUAUAGAUAAGGUUUUCCUUGUUCAAUGUACGUGUAAACAGAUACAGUUAUCCAAAAUUGAUAUUUCAACACCAAGUUAUUUAUCGAUUAA